GAGGAAGUGUGUGUGUGUAUGUGUGUGUGUGUGUGUUUGGGUGUAUGUGUGUAUAUGUGUGUGCGUGCGUGAGUGUGUGUGCGUGUGUGUGUGUGUGUGGUGAUUGGACGGAGGAAAGUUUUUUUCCCUGGAUCGGACAGGACUGGAUUGGGAAUACAGUGAGAAUCCGUGAGAGCUUUGUUUUCGGUGUGCUGUGGUGUGGGCGCGUGAAUGCGCGUUUCGGGGCGGCGGCGGAGGCGGUGGUGGUGGCGCGAGUCGGAUCUUCUCUCUGCCCGGUUUGGUGUGUCUCUGCUCGGCUGACAUGGGGAAGGAGCAGGAGCUGCUGGAGGCGGCGCGCACCGGGAAUGUGGCCGCCGUGGAGAAGCUGCUGAGCGGCAAGAGAGCGACGUCCGGCGGCGGCGGCGGAGGAGGAUUUGGAGGAGGAUUUGGAGGAGGAGGAGGCGCGGGACACGGCUCGAGCGGCGGCGGACACAGCGCGAGCGCUCACGCGCUCUCCAGCUUACUCAGUAUUUGGAGGGUUCCUAAUGUGAACUGUGUGGACAGUAACGGAUACACACCUCUCCACCACGCCGCGCUGAACGGACACAGUGAGGUGGUGGAGUUGUUGUUGAAGAACGAUGCUGUCACUAACGUAGCGGAUAAUAAGGGCUGUUAUCCGCUUCACCUGGCUGCAUGGAAAGGAGAUCAGCGCAUCGUCCGUCUGCUCAUCCACAAGGGGACGUCAUAUCCGAAACUCAAUGAACAGACUCUAGACCACAGAGAAUUCAAACGCUGUGGCCCGUUUGACCCCUAUAUUAAUGCCAAGAACAACGAUAAUGAGACAGCUCUGCACUGUGCGGCGCAGUACGGACACUCUGACGUAGUGCGUGUGUUGUUAGAGGAACUGACCGACCCCACCAUGAGGAACAACCGCUUUGAGACUCCGCUGGACCUCGCUGCACUCUACGGUCGCCUUGAGGUCGUCAAGCUGCUGCUGUGUGCUCACCCCAACCUGCUCAACACACCCACGCACUCACAUGUUUAUACACAUACACCGCUCCACCUCGCCGCACGCAACGGGCACCUGCCUGUUGUAGAGGUGCUGCUCAGCGCUGGAAUGGACAUCAACUACCAGACGGAGAAAGGCAGUGCCCUUCAUGAAGCUGCUCUUUUUGGGAAGACAGAGGUGGUACAGAAGCUGCUCAGUGCAGGUAUUGACGUGAACAUUGUGGACAAUAAGAACCGCACAGCUCUGGACAUUGUGAAGGAAAUGCCGUCUCAGAAAAGCCGUCAGAUUGCUGCUCUCAUCCAGGCUCAUAUGAGUGGCCAGCCUCCUGACCUCCCACCUCCUCCAGCGCCACCUCCCCAGGAGAACCUAAAAAGGGUUCAAGAUGCAUGUAUAGAUGUGUGUGAGGAGAGCCCGUAUGAAGCGCUGUUUGAAGCCUCCUCAUGUCACUCGUUGGACAGUUUGGCCAGCGGGAAAUCGUCAGACCGAGACUCAGGAAGACCAGAGAGUGAAGCGGGCAGGUCGUUUGUGAAAGACCGUCCUCCACCUCCGUCCCACUCUGGAGGAGCAGCGCACGAGGAAGAGCUCAGUUCCGAGGCGGUCUACACCAGCAGUAGUUUGGAUGAGAGAGUGGAAGAAGAUGAGGAUCAUACGUAUGAAACACUGCACACAGCACGGACCAAACACCCCUCUGACACACAAACGGAUAAGGAUUCUUCUGCCAAGUCUUCCAACAACUUCUUACCUCAGCAGCGGAAGACCACCACACCUGGUGACGUUCGACCUCCAGGCUCAAACACACACACACUCCAGCCUCCUGGCAGCACUCUCCCAUCUGGAGAGAGCUCAGCCGUGCCCGAGCAGUUCACCGGUCUUCUUCACGGAUCUUCGCCCGUCGUCGACACACGGGAAGGAGUGGAGCCCUCGCGGUUGCCCUCUGAUCCCGCGGCCCCUAAGUGCCCACCCUCGAUUUCCAUGGCAACCGUCCGGACUGACCCAGACCCCAAGGCUAUCUACGCUACUGUGAACAAAGAGCCACGCGACUCGCCGAGCCGGAACCGUCCCGGAGACCUGAAGCUCUCCCGCAGCCUGUCCAAAUCUGACUCGGACCUACUGUCGACUCCGCCCACUGAAGAGGAGGCGGGGCUGAGCGGCCGCAGCGAAUCCGUGUCCAACUGCAGCGCAGCCAAGAGGAGGAUGGAGAAAUCACCGUCGUUCACGUCAGAGUGGGACGAGCAGAGACAGAGGUGGUACUCGUCCGAUUGGCGGAGACUCUCGUCCUCACACAACAUCGAGAAGAUCAUGACGCUAAUCGGAGCGGGGAUCGACUUCUCUAAAGAGCAGGAGAGCAGCUUAACAGGAGUGGGGAUGAUUUCGGAUCAGUCAGUGGGUGACUGGCUGGAGCGCACGGGCCUGCCGCAGUACGAGAGUAAACUGCUGCUAAACGGCUUUGACGAUCUGAGAUUCAUGGGGAGUAAUGUGAUGGAGGAACAGGAUCUGAAGGAGAUCGGGAUCACAGAUGCGACUCACAGGAGGAAACUACUGAAUGCUGCUCGCACACUGCCCAAGGUUAAAGGCUGUGAGGGCAGUGUGUCUCUUUCCUCUUGGUUGGACUCGUUGGGUCUGAGUGAAUAUCUGCCCAGCUUCCUGCAAAGUGGAUACAACACACUCGAGGCGGUGAGGAACCUGUGGGAGCUCGAGAUAGUCAAUGUGCUGAAGAUCACCUUGUUGGGUCACAGGAAACGAAUUAUCGCAUCAUUAACUGAGCGACUGUAUGAUGAGCCACCAGUGAAACCACCACGACUCUCUCAGAUCAGAUGUCCUGAUCUGAUGCCUCAGGCGUCAUCAUCUUCUCUGGGUCUCCAAGACUCAUACACACAUCGCUCAAUGGAUCCUGCAGGGGAUUCUGGGAGGACAAAGGGGGCGGAGUCAGACUAUGACCUGUCAGUCAAAUCCAGAGCACAGGAGAGGUAUGAGGAUCAGCGUGCCGAGUCGAGGUUGACCCUGCGCCCUCCCAGUCAGGCAGCUCCAUGUGCUCCUGUGCAGAACUGGCAUCACAAACCGGAGAAACUCAUAUUCGAGUCUUGUGGCUACGAGGCUAAUUAUUUAGGUUCCAUGCUCAUUAAGGACCUGAGAGGAACAGAGUCCACACAGGAUGCCUGCGCUAAGAUGAGGAGGUCUACAGAGCAGAUGAGGAAGGUUCCUACCAUCAUCCUCUCCAUCACAUAUAAAGGAGUCAAGUUCAUUGACGCUGCUAACAAGAACAUCAUAGCAGAACAUGAGAUCAGGAACAUCUCUUGUGCAGCUCAGGAUCCAGAGGAUUUGUGUACAUUUGCCUACAUCACCAAAGACCUGCAGACUGACCACCAUUACUGUCAUGUCUUCAGCACGGUGGAUGUGAAUCUGACCUAUGAGAUCAUCCUGACUCUGGGACAGGCGUUUGAAGUGGCCUAUCAGCUCGCUCUGCAGGCUCAGAGGACCAAUCAGAAGCAGAAGCAAAGUUUAGCAGGAGGGAUGGAGUCAGAGAUCAACACCAAGAGUAGUAGACCAGUGCCUAAACCGCGUUCAGGGGCACAAAAGCCAGGGGUGGAGUCUGCAGAUGACCCUGCAUGGCUUGUGGAGCCCAAAGAGCCCAAACACACUGUCAGCACCAACUGAACAUGAUGCCAAACCACACAGGACCGGUAGCACGACUCUGACUGUUCACUUACACAUCACCACUUUGAUCUUUGUGUUUGUGUGUGUGUGUGUGUGUGUGUGUGUGUGUGUGUGUGUGUGUUCGUGUGUUCGCGCGCGUCUAAAAUAGGCAGAUUUACACUACAUUCUUCACACACUUUGUCAUGUUUUCUUUCGUUAUCCUUCCAUCCAUCACCCAACAGCGUUAUUACGGAUCAGUGUAUAGUUUUGCAGAUUUCUCUCUCUCUCACACUCUCUCUCACACACACACACACACACACACACACACACAGUGGACACGUUCAUCUCCUUCCGCUACACUGGAUGAUUGUCAUCGUCUUUUUCAUUUUUUGGAAAUCAUGUGACUUUACUAGAUUUAACUUAAUAAUAUUAAAUAUUACUGUGCACACAAGUCUAAAAUAGUCAGAGUGCAUUACACCUUCACUGUGGACGCGUCCCAAACCAUUUUACCCAAGUGAGGUCAUUCAGACUGUGUUAAAUGUUGUAUUCUUAUAAUGACUAACCCCUGAUACUGACUCAUUCCUCCUGCUGUCUCACUAGUGCUCUUGGUGUAGUGCGCUCAGACUGUAGGACAUGACUAUAUGCCUGCGCUGAGUGAAAUUUUUACUGGACGUUUUAACGGUACAAGGCUUUUAAUCUGAAAAAGUCAUCUAAUGGUUCACUGAAUAAUUGACCAAUCCCAAGCCCCGCCCACACUGUAAUCACUUUAAGCAGCUACCACAAGAUCAGGAAAUGUUUCAGAAGCCGAACAUGAGGCCUUCAGUACACGUUUAAAGGAAACUGCAUCAGAUUACUUCAAAAAUGCAUUAGAAAGUUUGUCUCGAAUAGCUCACAACUCAAUUAAUCACAUUUCCACAGAGCUGAUUUUACUUUCCUCCCUAGAGUUGGUACUUUUUCUCUGCACAUUAGAAACGUUUUUAAUACAUUAAAGCAUUAAUGGUACUUUUGCUUCUCUUAAUUUGUAUAAAGUGACACUAAAAUCUGUGUGUGCGUGUGUGUGCGUGUGUGUGCGUGCGUGCGUGUGCGUGCGUGUGCGUGCGUGUGCGUGCGUGUGCGUGCGUGUGUGUGCGCGUGUGUGUGCGUCUGUGUGCGUGGGUGUAGAAUUCAGAUGUUUCAUUAUUUUUUUAAACAACUUGUGAGUAGCAGGGCUUGCUGAACAUGGAGAAAAUGCUGAAAUUGAAAUGUGUGUGAGUCUGUGUACGGAAGAUGCUGAAUCUAGAACAGUGUGGUACUUUACACAUCUAGUCUUAGUUUACAGAAACUUAAAGUUAUUUUAGGUGUUGGUACAGUGCUGAACACAAGCAGGGCAGCGCUAAAGAUAACAACGCUAACGUCAGCACUCUUUUUUUUUUUUUUUUUUUUUUUUUGCGAGUAUUUUUAAUGAUUCUGAGCGAUUUUUGUUAAAGAUGUGAACAAUAAUAGACUGUAAAGUAAUCAGUGUGUAUUUUGAUACUUGAAUAUGAUUCUGCUUUUAUAGCUGCCUCUCUCUCUCUCUCUUUGUGUAUAUGUAUGUACUGUAUGUAUGUAAGGGUUAUUUUUUUCCUUAAUUCUGCUCAUGUAUUUUUUUUUUAAGCUCAGUGUAUCAGGGUGUGUGUGUGUGUGAUAAGACAGAGUGAAUCCUCACUACAGCAUGGAAAAAGAGCAAGUGUAAAUAAUAUUGGGCUUCCAGUCUUUCUUUCUGUUAUUGAUUAUAAUAUUAUUAUUAUUAUUUUUCAUAACCUGUACAUCUAAUAAAUAAAUGAAAUCUUCAUUUACUCGAAA